UCUCGGGUGUAAAGUUUUGACGCAAUUUUCCAAACAAAUAUUCCACUCAAGUCAUCGGGAUGAAUCGGCAUGUUUUCGUAGUUUCAUAACUAUCCAUAAGUAUAAUACGUCAUGAGGUGUCCAUCAUUCCAUCUCAGUCCCUCUCGACCGAGGUGGUUUUAGUGGAUGGAAUCUCACGCUGACCGUUUGAGUUUUUCCUUGAAGCGUUCAUGUGGAAACUUUCAUCUCUUUUCUGUUAAAAUUUCUCAAGAAACUCGCGAUGACGAGUUUUAACAGUGAAAAUGUGACUUCAAUACUGAUACAGGCUUCCAUUUGGGCCGUCAUGAUUGGAAUAUUAUCCGUAAUUAUUUUGGCAUUAGUGGUUUUCGCUCUUCGAUUCUACGUGCGAAGAAAAUCUAAGAAUGCGCUUCCACACCUCCGAUCUGCAGGAGGUAAGGGAGAACAUUUCCGACCUGUUGUAGUGGGAUUUUUUCACCCCUACUGUAAUGCAGGAGGUGGAGGAGAAAGAGUUCUAUGGACAGGUAUUCGUGCUCUUCAAAACCGCUACAAUUUUGUUCGCUGUGUUGUGUACACGGGUGACUCCUGCGUGACUGGGAAGGAAAUUCUCCGAAAAGCGGAACAACGCUUCAACAUUUCGUUACCUCGAUCAGUAGAGUUUGUGUUCUUGAAGAAGAGACGCUGGGUCGAAGCGAGUACGUAUCCACGUUUCACCCUCUUGGGACAGAGCUUUGGAUCUAUGAUUCUUGGCUGGGAAGCCUUGAACUCUUAUCUGCCAGACAUAUUUGUGGACACCAUGGGCUAUGCCUUCACUCUGCCAAUGUUUCGCUAUCUCGGGGGAUGCCAGGUUGGUUGUUACGUUCACUAUCCUACCAUCAGCACUGACAUGUUGUCACGUGUAGGUGAUCAAACGGUUUCCUACAAUAAUGCGGCUUAUAUUAGUAACAGUCGCGUCCUUAGCACAGUCAAGUCGAUUUAUUAUUGCCUGUUUGCUGUGUUGUAUGGUUUGGCUGGCUCAUGUGCUGAAGUUGUCAUGGUGAACUCGACAUGGACCUACGGCCACAUUGCAUCAUUGUGGAGAAGGAAGGACCGGACAUCAAUAGUCUACCCACCCUGUGACACUAAAGCUUUCCUUGAGCUGCCUAUGAAGGUUGAUAGUGUUGCCGCUGAUGAUGAAGGUGAUGAUGACAGCAUCCAGUCCAUAGUGUCAGUGGGACAGUUCAGACCAGAAAAAGACCACCCACUCCAAAUAGAGUCCUUUCAUAAAUUCCUCAAAUGCAAAAUGGCCAAAGACAGGCACAAGUAUAGGCUCAUUCUUGUUGGAAGCUGCCGAAAUGAAGAAGACAAAAAAAGAGUUGAUUCUCUUAAGAAGUUGGUUGCAAAGCUUGAGAUCAAAAAGAAUGUUGAAUUUGCCUUGAAUGUUUCCUUUGAUAAGCUCAAAUCUUAUCUUGCUGAAGCCACCAUAGGUCUGCACACUAUGUGGAAUGAACAUUUUGGUAUUGGUGUUGUUGAGUGUAUGGCAAGUGGUGCCAUUGUCUUGGCUCAUGACUCAGGGGGCCCUAGAAUGGACAUUGUCAUUGAAUGGGAAGGAAAACCAACAGGAUUUCUAGCAAGUGACAAAAAAAGCUAUGCCUCUGCAAUGGAAACAAUAUUUUCCCUUUCUCUAGAGGAGAGGAAUGUUAUCCGUUGCAAUGCAAGAAACAGCGUUAGCAGAUUUUCAGAGAAAACCUUUGAGAAUGGAUUCCUUCAAUGCACUGAACCCUUAUUUAUGGGUGCAUGAGUCUAUCCUCGCUGGAUGUAAUAUUCAUGUACUUUCCUGCAUCAUUGAUCUUUUCGAUGUGUACCUUGAUGAGGGUUUAACCAAUUCUCAAAAGUCCACAAAAAUUUUUGUUAUCACACGAAGAAAGAUUUAACAUAUUUAUCAUAUUCAUGGGAAAAACAAAUAGAUUAUUUUUGCCUUUGAGGUUUCAAACCUUAGUCCCUGUUUUCAAUUUUGUGGGUCCAUGCUCCACCAACUUAGCAACAAAGAACUGAAAAACUUAACCCUUAAACUCUCAAGAUCUGAUUGUGAAUUCUCCCCUCUAGCUGCUACACAUUUCCUUGUAAAUAAGUUCUGGGAAUCUUGAGUUGGAUUAGGAUAAAAAUUUCUACUUGAUAAGUUUGAGUACUCUGGUUACCUGUUUGCUGGAUUAUGUAUGGACAUGAUAGGGAGAACUUUCAUCUCAGUUAGGGACGAAUAAAUGGAGGUCCCAUCUCCUGCAGGGUUGGGGCAGGAGACGUUAAUUUCCCACACACGA